CAAACAUUUCUAUCAAACAGAUAACUGCAAGCCAAAAGUACCAAUCAAAUCCAAUCCAAAGCAAGCAUCCAAAUGCGAAUAUCAAUCCGAAAGUAUCUAAAUUGCAUAAGAAUCGGGUGCGUAGGUUGCCUGUCCGGCCGCUUGGCUGGAGCCGCAGCUCCUUCCAGUUCAAACCCGUUUACGGGAUACACGAAUCCGAAUCAAGGAGCCAGCGCCAGCCAAGUCAAGUCGGGGCCAGGACAGAUCUCUAGAUUUUCGAUUCUCGAUUACCGUCUCGAUCAUCGAUUCUCUAUUCUGGCAGCGGUCAAGGCGCGCCUGCCAAAGCUUUCAAUGCAAUCCAACAACAAGGUACUAGAGAAAAGAACAGAAAAACUGAAAAGCAGGCAAAUGAAAAGGCAAAAUACUGUUUUGUGUAUAUAGAUCAUCACGUCCUCAUCCGACAUGUCGGCAGCCCGCUUGCCCUACUAUCAGCAGGAUCAGCAGGACCAGCCGGACCAGCGACGCGCCGGGCGUGGCCAGCAUCGCGGCUACUACGAACAGCAGCGCGGCUCUGGAUCCCGGCGUGAGCGCAGCCGCUCCAUGGAGCGCUACAGCCGACGCUACAGUCGGAGCCGUUCUCACUCCCGCAGCCGCAGUCGCUCUGCGGAGCGAUCCUCCGGCCAACGUCGGCGACGCGACGAUCGCCGCCAGCAGCAGUCGCGCUAUCAUCGGGACCGCGACUCUAGGGAUCGCUCCAGAGACCGCUCUAGGGAUCGCUCCAGAGACCGCUCUAGGGAUCGCGAACGUGAACGUGAACGAGAACGAGAACGCGACAACUUGAGGCGUUCCAGCAACCACCACCGCCGCUCGGAGUCGCCGGACUGUGGACCCAGCAGCAGCACCACCAGCUCCAGCCACCGAAGGGGCAAUCACGGAUCAUCAUCGUCCAUCGGCAGAGCCGAGCUAAACGCCGUAUAUAAGGCUGCCGCAGCCGCAAGCGCCGCUGCCGAACAGGCCCAGAUGGGCGGAAAAGCCGGCUCCAGUGCCGUCGCAUCUGCUGUAGGUGCCUACUAUAAUCUAGAUACUGAUGAGCCCUUCGACAAGGAGCGCAUUCACCGGGAGAUGGAGCAGAAGCUGCGCGAAGCGCUCGCUAGGGAAGGCAAGGUGUAUCCGCCGCCCAAGCCGGAGCCGCCGUCGCAUCCCGUAUUCGCCAACGACGGCUCGUUCAUGGAGCUGUUCAAGAAAAUGCAGGAGGAGCAGAAGCAGCAAGCGAUCGGCGCGCAUCUGCAACAGUCAGCAGACCUCGCCGCCGGUAGAUUGGAACAUUUGGUUUUGCCACAGCAGCUGCAGCUGCAGCAGCACUUUUCCGCACCGGAGACAGCGUCAUCAUCAUCAUUGUUGUCGUCGUCGGCAGCAGCUCCCCCGUUGCCGGCCAUUGCGGUGGGGGCUGCCAACAGUGCUGCUGCUCCAUACAUAGCCGCUGCGGCGGCUGGGAAGCUGGCACCGCCGCCGCCCAUUGUUGGACGCCGUCGGGGCGGUAAGAUCCUAAAGACCGGCAUGGUGGCUAAGCUCAAGACGCCCAACGAGCGCGAUGUGGAUCCAAAGGACUUCUGGUCGCUCUACCUGGCCGAGGUCAACAAGUACAAGAGCAACGCCUGCGACACGGACAACGGCAAGAGGCCGCUGGUCAAGUAGUACCAAAGCUACAGCUUCCCCAUAGAAUCAUGAACUUGAACGCAGGCAGAACAGCAAGCGUGAACUUCCCAGUUCCCCCCUUCCUCCCUGACACACACAAACACACGAGCACACCCUCCGCCCUCCGAGUACCCAACACCCAGAAGACUUACGCUAGCACAGUCCUGUAGAGAGAGGCGAGACGGGGGCGCGCGAGUGAUGUAAUUUGUAUCUUUUUUCACUCGAGUUCAGAGCCUCGUAAAUUUAACAUUUGAUGCAAUAAUCAUAGUCUAGUUUGUAAGCCGUAGAUUUAUACGAUAUGUAUCUCUAUGAUAGUAUAUAUAUAUACCGCUCAUUCAGCAUCGGCAAACUUGAAAAACUAA